AACCUUGAAGGAUUGAGCCAAGAAGAGUGCAGAGAGUACCCCACUGCUGAGCUUGGCUGGGCCUUGAAGAAAAACAAGAAGACCGGGCGAUUUUCAGAACAUGCCAAAGAGUACCUCCUUCCACUGUUUCUUGAUGGAGAAGAGACAGGAAAUAAGAGCGACCCUGCCGUUGUUGCCUCAAACUUGAAGUCACUUCGUGGACCAGAUGACGUCAAAUUAUUUUUUUCUAAAGACUGGCUCAGCGCGCAACAAGUUACAUCAUACUUUUCACGUCUCGCAUCGGUCGCUAAGAGUGGAAAGCUUUCUUUAAACAAGAAGACUGUAAUAGAGGAAGAAGAUGUGCUCGAUGCCCUUGUUGAGAGAGGAGAACGAGAGUCCAUGCGAGAGAAAGUUUUUUACGUUGUGGACUUAUAG